GUGUCCAAUCCGAGAGGGGCAAAGACGAGCCUCGAAGUCCGCCGGCCAAUCGAAGGUAGGCCCCAGGGGCGCGUGCGCGCCGCGGCCAGCGCGCGCGGGCGGGGGGGGGGGGCAGGCGCGCCCCGGACCCAGGAUUUAUAAAGGCGAGGCCGGGACCAGCGCGCGUUCUCGUUGCCCCCGCUGUCCCGGCGGCGCCAACCGAAGCGCCCCUCCUGCUCCGUGUCCGGCAUGCUGCGCCGUGCUCUGCUGUGCCUGGCCGUGGCCGCCCUGGUGUGCGCCGACGCCCCCGAGGAGGAGGACCACGUCCUGGUGCUGCGGAAAAGCAACUUCGCGGAGGCGCUGGCGGCCCACAAGUACCUGCUGGUGGAGUUCUAUGCCCCUUGGUGUGGCCACUGCAAGGCUCUGGCCCCUGAGUAUGCCAAAGCCGCUGGGAAGCUGAAGGCAGAAGGUUCCGAGAUCAGGUUGGCCAAGGUGGACGCCACGGAGGAGUCUGACCUGGCCCAGCAAUACGGCGUGCGCGGCUAUCCCACCAUCAAGUUCUUCAAGAAUGGAGAUACGGCUUCCCCAAAGGAAUAUACAGCUGGCAGAGAGGCCGAUGACAUCGUGAACUGGCUGAAGAAGCGCACGGGCCCGGCUGCCACCACCCUGCCUGACGGCGCAGCUGCAGAGUCCUUGGUGGAGUCCAGCGAGGUGGCUGUCAUCGGCUUCUUCAAGGACAUGGAGUCGGACUCUGCCAAGCAGUUCUUGCAGGCAGCAGAAGCCAUCGAUGACAUACCAUUUGGGAUCACUUCCAACAGUGACGUGUUCUCGAAAUACCAGCUCGACAAAGAUGGGGUUGUCCUCUUUAAGAAGUUUGAUGAAGGCCGGAACAACUUUGAAGGGGAAGUCACCAAGGAGAACCUGCUGGACUUUAUCAAACACAACCAGCUGCCCCUUGUCAUCGAGUUCACCGAGCAGACAGCCCCGAAGAUUUUUGGAGGUGAAAUCAAGACUCACAUCCUGCUGUUCUUGCCCAAGAGUGUGUCUGACUAUGACAGCAAACUGAGCAACUUCAAAACAGCAGCCGAGAGCUUCAAGGGCAAGAUCCUGUUCAUCUUCAUCGACAGCGACCACACCGACAACCAGCGCAUUCUCGAGUUCUUUGGCCUGAAGAAGGAAGAGUGCCCGGCCGUGCGCCUCAUCACCCUGGAGGAGGAGAUGACCAAGUAUAAGCCCGAAUCGGAUGAGCUGACAGCAGAGAGGAUCACAGAGUUCUGUCACCGCUUCCUGGAGGGCAAAAUCAAGCCCCACCUGAUGAGCCAGGAGCUGCCAGAGGACUGGGACAAGCAGCCUGUCAAGGUGCUUGUUGGGAAGAACUUUGAAGACGUGGCUUUUGAUGAGAAAAAGAACGUCUUCGUGGAGUUCUAUGCCCCGUGGUGUGGUCACUGCAAACAGUUGGCUCCCAUUUGGGAUAAACUGGGAGAGACGUACAAGGACCAUGAGAACAUCAUCAUCGCCAAGAUGGACUCAACUGCCAACGAGGUGGAGGCCGUCAAAGUGCACAGCUUCCCCACACUCAAGUUCUUUCCUGCCAGUGCCGACAGGACGGUCAUCGAUUACAACGGGGAACGCACGCUGGAUGGUUUUAAGAAGUUCCUGGAGAGCGGUGGCCAGGAUGGGGCAGGGGAUGAUGACGAUCUCGAGGACCUGGAAGAAGCAGAGGAGCCAGACAUGGAGGAAGAUGAUGAUCAGAAAGCUGUGAAAGAUGAACUGUAAUACGGAAAGCCAGACCCGGGCGCUGCCGAGACCCCUCGGGGGCUGCACACCCAGCAGCAGCGCACGCUCCCAAAGCCUGUGGCCCUCGCUUGAAGGAGGGCGUCGCCGGAAACCCAGGGAACCUUUCUGAAGUGACACCUCACCCCCACACACCGUCCAUUCACCCCCGUCUCUUCCUUCUGCUUUUCGGUUUUUGGAAAGGGAUCCAUCUCCAGGCAGCCUACCCUGGUGGGGCUUGUUUCUUGAAACCAUGAUGUACUUUUUCAUACAUGGGUCUGUCCAGAGUGCUAGAGUGUUCGGAGUCUCGCUGCCUCCCUCCUGCGGGAGGUUUCUGCUCUUUUUGAAAAUUCCAUUUGUGGGAUUUUUAGACAUUUUUCGACAUCAGGGUAUUUGUUCCACCUUGGCCAGGCCUCCUCGGAGAAGCUUGUCCCCCGUGUGGGAGGGACGGAGCCAGACUGGACACGGUCACUCAGCACCAUGUGCAGUGUUGCCAUGACUGAUCAUGGCUCUUGCAUUUUUUGGGUAAAUGGAGACUUCCAGAUCCUGUCAGGGUGUCCCCCAUGCCUGGAAGAGGGGCUGGUGGCUGCCAGCCCUGGGGCCCAGCACAGGCCUGGGCCUUCCCCUUCCCUCAAGCCAGGGCUCCUCAUCCUGUCGUGGGCUCAUUGUUUGUGACCACUGGCCUCUCUACAGCGCGGCCCGCGGCCCGUGGCCUGUUCGAGGCAGAACCAGGACCCUUGACUCCCGUGUGGGGAGGUGGCCAAGGAUGCUGGAGCUGAUUCGGACGUUGACAGUUCUUCAGGCAUUUCUAUUUCACAAUCGAAUUGAACACAUUGGCCAAAUAAAGUUGAAAUUUUACCACCUG